CCACUAAUUUUGUGAAGUAAGCCACACGUGACUGAUAAGACUUGAACAAGCUCUCUUGUCAAGCCCGUUGUUCAUCAACUCUCGACCAUCAACCACAGGAAGGGAUAUCAAGGAACACUAACACCAUGAGACUGAACACCUUUAUCCUCGCACUGACGUUAGCCGUUUCAGUUCAAGUUCUUGCCGAGGAGGUCACCCUUGGUGUAUGGCAUAAGUUGAGCGAUCACGAGUCGUUCGAGAAGCGUGGGGAGAUUCGCGUGGAUAUCGACGAAUGGCUCAGCCUGAACCAGCAGCGCGACCAACCUACCGCGUCCUCGACCCAGGGCUCAAAACAAAGGCAGCAGCAACAGCAGGAGCAGCAGCAACGACAGCAACAGGGCCAGCAGAAGAAGUCCUUGUUCGUUUAUGAAAACGCUCAGCUCAGUGCGAACGAAGCCGCGUCUCUUGCGGAGGACUUUGUCCUGAACGUGCAGGCACCCAUCAAGGUCAAGGAACUUGAGGAGCCUCAACCUAGGGAUGUAGACGAGAACGGCAACUUUGUGGAAUCGGAGGAGGACUUUGAACAGAGGAUGGAAGAAUGGAAGAUGCAGCAGGAGGAACGUGAUGCUCAGGGUGAGAUCUUGCAAACCCCUGGAAGCUAUGGGUUCUAUCAGAUCAAGCUGAAGGACGAGAGCCGAGGCUGGGAGGCUAUGUCCUCGAUCAAGUCUUGCCUGCUGCUCGCAUCGGACUUCCAGGAAGAGAUUACGCUGCAUUUGGAUCGGGACAACCAGAUCUUUGCAUUCGAUUACUAUACCACUGAAAGCAAGUGCGAAAGCGACCAUAAGAAUGAGUUCGCUUUGACGUCGCUAGACCGUUUCAAGAGCGUCAAGGUGGAUCUUAUCGGUAGCGCGUCGGGACCCAAGGCGCACUAUGUCAGAGCCCAGGCCAUGAAGGUUGACCAGACCGGCCAACCUGAAACUGAAAAGACGUUCUUCCAGAAGUACUGGGUGUACAUUGUCCCGAUUGUGCUCGUCAUGUUGUUCACUGGUGGCGAACCGGAGAAGACGGCUGCAUAAGUGAUAUCUGCAGCACUGGAAAAGAUGACGGCCGCGGAGAUGCGCAAAGAAUUGCGUGGAACAUUGCAGAAGACAGAGAAAGAUGAGCGGCAUGGGCCAUUAAAGGGUGAUUAGCAUAGAAUUUCAAUUGAAAAUGACGGAUCUAAUAAAUAAGGAACC